CGCAUACACCAAAAUUAUGCUUUACAACUUACUGUCUGGUCACCAGUAACUCAUGAAAAGCUUCGUACAUUAACCAACAUGUCGGACGAAGAGCUACCGUCUACUUCUCGGGAGGCGCACGCGGAGGCGGAAGAGGAAGACGCACCAUUUCUCCUGGACCCUCCUCCUAAAGCAGCUGUGAAGGAGAGCUUGGCUGACCCUGAGUAUGAGGAAAAAAGAAAAACAGACCGUGCCAACAGGUUUGAGUUCCUGCUGAAGCAGACAGAGCUGUUCGCUCAUUUCAUUCAGCCUGCCAGUCAGAAAUCCCCCACCUCACCUCUGAAGGUCAAGGUGGGGAGACCCCGAAUCAAACAAGAUGAGAAACAGAACCUGCUGUCUGUCGGAGAUAACCGCCAUCGUCGAACAGAGCAGGAGGAGGAUGAGGAACUCUUAUCUGAGAGCAGGAAGGCAGCUAAUGUUCUUGUUCGUUUUGAGGAGUCACCAUCAUAUGUUAAGAAUGGAGCUUUGAGAGAUUAUCAAAUCCGAGGCCUGAACUGGAUGAUUUCUCUGUAUGAAAACGGCAUCAAUGGCAUCCUGGCUGAUGAGAUGGGUCUGGGUAAGACCCUGCAGACAAUCGCGUUGCUAGGCUACCUGAAGCACUACAGGAACAUUCCCGGCCCCCACAUGGUCCUAGUGCCCAAAUCUACCCUGCAUAACUGGAUGAAUGAAUUCAAGCGCUGGGUGCCCACCCUGCGCAGCCUGUUUCAUCUCCUCCCACACGAUUUUGAUUCCUGGUUUGACACAAAUAACUGUCUUGGUGACCAGAAGCUGGUUGAAAGACUUCAUGCAGUUCUGCGUCCAUUCCUGCUGCGUCGUAUCAAAGCAGAGGUGGAGAAGAGUCUUCCUCCUAAGAAAGAGGUGAAGAUUUACCUGGGGCUCAGUAAAAUGCAGAGAGAAUGGUACACACGUAUCCUAAUGAAGGAUAUUGACAUCCUGAACUCUGCUGGUAAGAUGGAUAAGAUGCGGCUUUUGAAUAUUCUGAUGCAGCUGCGGAAAUGCUGCAACCAUCCGUACCUGUUUGACGGGGCGGAGCCUGGUCCCCCAUACACCACGGACACACACUUAGCCACCAACAGCGGCAAGAUGGUUGUGCUGGAUAAACUUCUGCCUAAAGUGCAAGAGCAAGGAUCCAGAGUGUUAAUAUUCAGCCAGAUGACACGGAUGUUGGAUAUUCUGGAAGAUUAUUGCAUGUGGAGAGGGUUCGAGUACUGCAGAUUGGAUGGGAAUACACCUCACGAGGCCAGAGAGCAAGCCAUAGAUGCUUUUAAUGCCCCGAACAGCAGUAAAUUUAUCUUCAUGCUGAGCACACGAGCAGGUGGGCUGGGAAUUAAUUUGGCUACAGCUGAUGUGGUGAUUCUCUACGACUCAGACUGGAACCCACAGGUGGACCUGCAGGCCAUGGACCGUGCUCACCGUAUCGGACAGAGGAAACCAGUAAAAGUGUUCAGGUUGAUCACAGACAACACAGUGGAGGAGAGGAUUGUGGAGAGAGCGGAGAUGAAGCUACGCCUGGACUCUAUAGUGAUUCAGCAGGGACGGCUGAUUGAUCAGCAGAGUAAACUGGGGAAGGAUGAAAUGCUACAAAUGAUUCGACAUGGAGCAACACGCGUGUUUGCCUCUAAAGACAGCGAACUAACAGAUGAAGACAUCGACACCAUUCUGGAAAGAUGCGCCAAGAAGACGGCAGAGAUGAACGAACGCUUGAAGAAACUCGGCGAGAGCUCGCUGAGGAACUUCACCAUGGACACGGGCGGCACCGAGACCAGCCUUUACAACUUUGAGGGAGAGGAUUACAGAGAGAAACAAAAACUAAGUUUGAUCGAAUGGAUCGAGCCUCCUAAGAGAGAAAGGAAGGCCAAUUACGCUGUAGAUGCUUACUUCAGAGAUGCUCUGCGAGUCAGCGAACCAAGAGCCCCGAAGGCUCCUCGGCCUCCAAAGCAGCCCAACAUCCAGGACUUUCAGUUCUUUCCACCACGUCUCUUUGAGCUGCUGGAGAUGGAGAUUCUUUACUACAGGAAAACCAUCGGAUACAUGGUUCCACGUAAUCCAGAUAUCCCGAAUUCAGCACAGGCCCAAAAAGAGGAACAAGCAAAGAUAGACGAGGCUGAACCCCUCACACCUGAAGAGACAGAGGAAAAAGAGAAACUACUCACACGAGGUUUCACAAACUGGAACAAGCGUGAUUUCAAUCAGUUUAUUAAAGCUAAUGAGAAGUAUGGUCGUGAUGACAUUGACAACAUUGCCAGAGAGGUGGAGGGCAAGACGCCUGAGGAAGUCAUGGAAUACUCCGUGGUGUUUUGGGAACGCUGUAAUGAGCUGCAGGAUAUUGAGAAGAUCAUGGCUCAGAUAGAGCGAGGAGAAGCUCGCAUCCAGAGACGCAUCAGCAUCAAAAAAGCCCUGGAUGCCAAGAUAGCGAGGUACAAGGCUCCGUUCCACCAGCUCCGCAUACAGUACGGCACAAACAAAGGAAAGAACUACACAGAGGAGGAAGACAGGUUUCUGAUUUGCAUGUUGCAUAAGAUGGGCUUUGAUAAAGAAUAUAUCUAUGAAGAACUUCGACAGUGUGUACGGAACGCUCCACAAUUCAGAUUUGAUUGGUUCAUCAAAUCCAGGACUGCCAUGGAGCUGCAGCGCCGCUGUAACACGCUCAUUUCUCUCAUUGAGAAAGAGAACAUGGAGAUAGAGGAGAAAGAGCGCGCUGAGAAAAAGAGAAGAACACCCAAAGGACAAUCAGCUCACAAGCGUAAAGCCGAAGUGUCGUCUGACAGGAAAGAGAAGAAAUCUCGUACCUGACUCCUGUGCCCGCAGCUCUUUGCUCCCUGCUCCUCAUUACGAAGCACUACAAUAAAUCAGACGUCUCUCUAUAGCAUUUUGACGUUCUGUUUUUAUUUGUUAUAUCUGUGACUCAACACCAGUUUCUUAAAAUAAACAUGUCAAUUUUUAGCAAAACAAAAGCUUUUUCGGGACAUCCAAAAUACUUCCAUAUCAUAUUGAAUUUUGUCCCAAGGGCUGCAUAAAUGUUGGCAGCUACACAACGUUUUGCUAAAGCUUGUUUUUAUUAAGCAUUUUUUCAAAAUGUUCCUUGUUCAUAUCAUUUAUUUAUGCAUGCUAAAUAGGGGCUCUAAAGCCUGUUCUGAUCUUGUUUGUGUGUUUUAUAAAUGAAAAUCUUUUUGCCUGAGACUCUGUUAUUGUAUGUUUAAGGUCUCUGAUCUGCACCUUAAUCCAUGUGAUCAGUAGCUUUGCACAUCCAGUCUUCUUAAGCUCUUUUAUACAUUCAUGUGCCGUUUUAAUGUUGCAGUGAAGCUAUUUUACACAUUCUUGUCUGCACUCUUGUUUGAACCUUUCCUGAUCUUUAUAUGUACAAGUCCAGUAUUAUUAAAAAACUAA